UGUACGCCCCUUUCUCCUCAACCACUGAGCGGGGUGUUCACGUGACGCAGACCGUGCCCCCAACUGUAGCCCCGCCCCUUACAGUUUGUAACGCUGCAGAUUUGGAGAGUGCGUCAUUCUGGGAGCUGCAGCUGGAAAGAGAUAGGCUGGUGGCUUUUUGUUCUAACCUAUCGUCAAUAUGAGCGGCUGCAGAGUCUUCAUCGGUCGGCUAAACCCGUCUGCCAGAGAAAAGGAUGUUGAACGAUUUUUCAAAGGAUACGGGAGGAUCAGAGACAUCGAUCUGAAGCGAGGCUUUGGCUUUGUGGAAUUUGAAGAUCCGAGAGAUGCAGAUGAUGCAGUUUAUGAACUUGAUGGGAAAGAAUUGUGCAAUGAAAGGGUUACAAUUGAGCAUGCACGUCUGCGCCCCAGGGGGGGUGGUGGAGGUGGUGGUUUCAGCAGAGGAAUGGGACGGGGGAGAUACAAUGAUCGAUUCAGUAGUCGCCGCCCGCGUAAUGAUAGAAGUGCUCCACCAAUAAGGACUGAAAAUCGUCUCAUUGUGGAGAACUUAUCAUCCCGUGUCAGCUGGCAGGAUUUGAAAGACUUCAUGAGACAAGCGGGCGAAGUUACAUUUGCUGAUGCACAUAGACCAAAACUAAAUGAGGGGGUUGUUGAAUUUGCAUCUUACAGCGAUCUAAAAAAUGCUGUUGAGAAACUAUCCGGCAAGGAGAUCAAUGGCAGAAAAAUCAAGCUGAUUGAAGGAAACAAAAGGCACAGCAGGUCAAGAAGCCGUUCCCGUUCCCGCAGCAGAAGCUCAUCCAGGUCUCGCAGUCGUUCCCGCUCCAGGAGUAGGAAGUCCUACAGUCGCUCUCGCAGCCGUAGCCGUACUCCCCGUAGUAACCAUAGCAAAUCUAGAUCUGUGAGUAGGUCCCCUGUUAAAGAAAAAUCCCCAAUGGCUGCAUCUAGAAGCCCAUCAAAAUCCCCUGCAUCUGCUGACCAUCAGAGGUCUCGGUCGAGGUCUCGAUCUGUUGACAGCAGAAACUGAACAAUUUGUAUAUUCUUAUUUUGGUGAACUGUAAAUACUUUGUAGGUAUCAGAUGAAGAAGCAGGACAAUAGAUUGCAGACUUUUUAUUAAUGGGACCACUACCCAGUAGAUUUUCAACUCUACUUUUGAUAAACAUCUUGUCUGAACUGUACAGAUUGUGUAAAUGUAACUUUUACUAAAUGUUUUGGCAUAAGAUGAAUUUGUCUUGUUGCGCUCUGGUGUAAAUAGCUGUACUGUCCAAUUCCUUCACCCAAAUCCCCUAAUGUUUCGUUUGUGAACUAUGAUUUUGAAAUAAACUCUCUAAAAUAUA